AUGAGUGAGAGAGCAAGAUUAGUUUAGGUGGGCUGGGGAGGGGCGAGUGUGGAAUCGAGAGAGGGACCAAGAAUUGCUGGCCUGGGGAAGGUGGAAAAGGAGUGGGAUUUGAGGGUUGCAAGGAGGGAAGGAGCCAGGAUUGGAAUGGGAGAAGGGGUGGGGUCUUGGGGGCCGGGAAGAAAGAAGUUGGGGAUGGGGAGGCGUGAAGGACGAGGGUUUUGAAAGUUGAGGCAGAAAAGGAUGGAGAGGUCGACGUCCUAGGAGAGGGAAGCCCAGAGAGGGGGAGGAAAGGAAGAACAAGUGGAGAAGAAGGAGAGAAGAGGGUGGGAUGAUGUGGGGAAGGAAAGAGGCAUGUGGACGUGGAUUGGGUCUGGGGGACCGGUAGCCACUUUUCCGAAGAGGCGCGGCAGGAUUGGAAGCGUGUGAGGUUCGAGAAGCUGGGGCAGGGGAGCUCUCAGUGGCGAAGGAAGGGAAAUGUUCCCAAGAAUACUGCCUUUUCAAAUAAGAAGAGGUGUCUACAGCCUUGGGAUGGAAGCCAUGAGUUGACAGAUGUUUUCCGGUCACAACCAAGGCAAUGUCUUACUACCUCAACUCAGAAAACCACCUGGACCCAGGGCCCAUCUAUGUGCGAGAAAAUGGGCAGCUGCACAUGGUCAAUCUGGCUCUGGAUGGUGUCCGGAGUAGCCUGCAGAAGCCAAGACCUUUCAGACUGUUUCCCAAAGGCUUUUCUGUGGAGCUCUGCAUGAACAGGGAAGAUGAUACUGCACAGAAGGAGAAAACUGAUCAUUUCAUCUUCACAUACACCCGGGAGGGGAAUCUUCGGUACUCUGCCAAAUCUCUCUUCAGCCUUGUCCUGGGCUUCAUCUCUGACAACGUUGAUCACAUUGAUUCCCUUAUUGGCUUUCCUGAGCAGAUUGCUGAAAAGCUGUUCUCUGCUGCUGAAGCCAGACAGAAAUUCACAGAGCCAGGUGCAGGCCUGAGGGCUUUACAGAAAUUCACUGAGGCCUAUGGAAGUCUGGUGCUUUGCUCCUUAUGUUUGCGAAACAGGUAUCUGGUGAUUUCAGAAAAACUUGAAGAGAUUAAGUCUUUCCGGGAACUUACCUGCCUGGAUCUUUCCUGUUGCAAGCUUGGAGAUGAGCAUGAACUUCUAGAACAUCUCACCAAUGAGGCCCUGUCUAGUGUAACUCAACUUCAUCUGAAGGAUAAUUGUUUAUCUGAUGCUGGGGUCCGAAAAAUGACAGCACCAGUUCGAGUGAUGAACAGAGGCCUUGAAAAUCUAACACUAUUAGACUUAUCUUGUAACCCCAAGAUCACAGAUGCAGGGAUUGGAUACCUCUUUUCUUUUAGAAAACUAAACUGCUUAGAUAUCUCUGGGACGGGGCUCAAGGACAUCAAAGCCAUCAAGCACAAGCUCCAGACCCACAUAGGCCUGGUUCACUCCAAAGUGCCUUUGAAGGAAUUCGAUCAUAGUAAUUGCAAGACGGAGGGCUGGGCUGACCAGAUCGUUCUGCAGUGGGAGCGUGUGACUGCGGAAGCUGUGAAGCCCCGGGAAACCUCGGAACCCCGAACGGCCACUCAGCGCUUCUAUGGGAAGCGGGCUCGAACAGAAGCCCCAGUGAAGUGUCCCCUGGCAGACACCCACAUGAACUCUUCUGAGAAACUCCAGUUCUAUAAAGAGAAAGCCUCAGACUGCCAUGGACCAUUGUUGAAACGUGAAGCUGUCUCAAGCCAGGAGUCAAAGAAAAGCAAGAAGAGAGCUUUUGAGGAGUCGGAGAAGGAACAGAGUAACUCCUCACAGUCUUCAAAGCAAAAAUAUGUGUGUCUUGCUGUAGAAGACUGGGACUUGUUAAAUUCCUAUUGAUUGGCAGAUACAGGUUGACCUGUCUCUCCCCCCAUCUCAGUGUAUAAGGAAAGGGGACUGAUAAUGAUUUACUUUUUGUUUGGAUUUACCUAUGGCAUUAGCAUAGCAGGCGGAUAUUUCUACUUUUGUGGUGGGGAGGGGAAUGCUAUGGAAGUAUGUAAUAAUUUCUAAUGUAUAUUUUCAAUACAUAGUAAUUUUUUCAAAUAAACGUUUUUGCUGUCCUUAA